CCAACCAGCACAUCACAUCACCACUUCUUCUCUCGUUCCUCUCCCCUCGAUAUACCAUCCCUCGCCCAGCCACACUCAACCACCGGCAGCAAAGCUUAUCAAAUUAUCCCGACCCUCAGAUCCCUGCCGUCACCUCGGCACCUUGACUCUCGAGCUUCCCUUAGCGCAGAUCACCCUUGUUUAGCCCUAUCAAUGCGCAUCAAACGAGGCUCCAAAUCUCCGAUUUUUCGACUCCCCCCCCUGCCACCAUUCAUUCCAUUUUGCUCGACCGUCUAUUGCACCGUUCCGCCUUUUCGAUGUCUUCUUCCGCUGUCGCCAUGCCAUGCCAUGUCAGAACCAGAAACAGUCUGGACCGCGGCUCUCUGCUCAAAGCUCCCCGCCCUCCUCCGUCCCCGUCAACUUGUCUCGUUCCAUCAUCUGCCAUCCUAUCGCGGCCCGCUCUUUUCGGACUUGUGCGCCCAUGAAGUCAUAGUGCCCCCCGUAAAGGGGUCCUUGGACACCGGACAUGAACCUCGGCAGGCCACUUUUCUGCCAAAACACCGCAGCUCUUCGGCCUGUUCCCACCGAAAGUCUUGACAGUGGCCAUUGCCUACCUUUGGAUUGGUUAACCUUGCCUCCCUAUACAGUACACGUGUGUCUGUCUGUACUGGAGUACCUGUCGCAUUGCCCGUUGUGAUGUACGAUGGGUACGUACUGCUUUGAUUGCCUGCCAUCUAGGUGCUUUCUCCCUACUUAUAUAUCGUGAACCGUCUGCAUCCCCCCCCAAUCAGCCAGCCACGCUUUUUGACUUGGAACAUUUGUCUUGAUAUCACUGUCUCUGAUACAACUAUCACAUUCUUCCUGAUAUUCUGGGCUUGAACUUUUCCAUCUUAGCCACCGAGCUUCCACGCAAACAUACGCAUACGCUUCACACACCACACAUCACCGCCAUGUCAUCACAACGCUUCUACCUGCUGGGUGAAGACCCUUCAGCCACAACAGAGUUCGACAUCCCCGCCUCGAUAGAUGAGGAGGGCCUCCAGCAUCUCGCUGCCUCUCACUUUGCCGUCGUCGACCACAAGGGCGUCGGCUUCGUCUUCGCAGAUGAUGCCCUGACAACAGUCGCCGACGUCCUCGCCGCCGAGGGCCCCGUGGCCAUCACCAUCGACGGCCACGCUGUCCGCGACGUCCCCGGCCCCCAGGGCCUGCCCUUCAUCGGCAACUACUUCGAGGUCUACCCUGACCACCUCGGCAACCACCAGCGCCUAUUCGAGAAAUACGGCCCCCUCUUCAAGACCACCAACAUGGGCUCCACCAUCUACCACACCAACGACCCGGCCCUCGCCAACAUCAUCUUCUCCGAGAGCGACUUCUUCACCAAGAACAUCAUCCCCGGCCACCCCCUCUACCCCAUCAAGAACCAGGAGUCGGGAGUCUUCCUCGGUGACACCGAUACCCCCGAAUGGAAAGAGGUUCACAAGUUCCUGCCUCCGGCCCUUGGACCGCGCGCCGUGCGCCAUUACGCCCCGACCAUGCAGAAAACCGUCGAGGAUGCCUUCAAGGUCUUUGACGAGCUCGACGACAGGGACGAGGCCUGGAACGUCUACCCUUACAUGCUCAAGCUCGGCUCCCAGGCCGUCGGCAAACUCGUCCUCGGCAUGGACUUCCAGCACUUCACCGCCGUCGACGCGCGGCCCCACGAGAUGGUCAUGCGCAUUGCCCAGUCGCUCGAGCUGAACAAGAAGAUCACCUCCAUGGGCAGCUGGUACGCCUCGCUGCCCUUUGGCGACCCCAAGCGCCUGCGCGACGCCCGCGCCCGCAUCGUCGACAUGAUGAACGAGUCUAUCAACAACGCCUCCAGCGGCGGCACCGAGAACCUCGAGCUGCAGGAGGCCGCCCUCCAGGCCGACAACAUGGUCGACUACGUCCUCCGCGCCAGCGACUCCCGCGGCAACAAGCUGCCCCGCGAGCGCAUCAUGGAGCCCCUCGUCGUCGCCACCGGCGCCGGCUUCACCACCACCUCCUCCCUUCUCUCCUGGUUGCUCUACGGCCUCGUCGCCUACCCCGGCAUGCAGGAGCGCCUGCUGCAGGAGCUCGUUGACCACGGCUUCGACGAGAACACCCAGAUCACCGCCGAUCUGACCCAGAAGCUGACCUUCCUCGACAAGUAUAUCAAGGAGACGCAGCGCCGCCACAACCCCUCGUACCAGCCCGCCCGCACAUCAAAGGUCGACUUGAUCCUCCCCGGCGGCUACAAGCUGCCCAAGGACUCCAUCUGCAUCCCCGCCCUCCACCACAUCCACAACAACAACCUCGUCUGGGACAACCCCGCCCGCUUCGACCCGGACCGCUGGGACACGGACAAGGUCAAGAACCGCCCCAACGCCUCCUACAUCCCCUUCGCUACGGGCCCCCGCAUGUGCAUCGGCUUCAACUUCGCCCUCCAGGAGGUCAAGGUCUUCCUGCCUAAGCUCAUCUACCGCUACAAGUUCACCAUGGCCCAGGACGGCCCCGUCGACUACGACCCCAUGUUCCAGCUCAUCCGGCCCAACAACUUGUACGUGCGCGCCGAGAAGAGAGUCAAGUGGCCUCCCCGCUCCGAGGCGUAAUUGGGCGGCGGAUUUGCGUGUAUAACAAAAAGGUAGAGUAAAGAGGAGGAUUGAAGAGGAGGAUAUUAGGUUGAAGAGUUCAUUUGUACCAUCAUUGUCGGUGUAUACCCUCGGAGCAUUGCUUGGCGCAGAUAGGGGCUGGUUGGUUGGGUAGAUCUCAUGAUUAUAGACUUGGAGUUGGAUGUAAGAUCCAGACUAAUUGAAAAGGUUCUUUC